GAGUAAGUGCAAGGCAGAGAGAGAGAGAGAGAGAGAGAGAGAGAGAGAGAGAGAGAGAGAGAGAAAUGGAGAAAGGUGGGAGGUAGAAGAGGAAGGACUCGCCGAGAGAGCAUAAACAAGGAGGAUGCACCGUGGUGCGCGAUGGAGUUAUGUUAUGUAGAGAGUAGGAUAAGGGUGGUGGGGUGUAGCACUCGCUCAUGCGCGUAUGGAACCCCGCCCUGUCGUUUCGGACGAAAGCCUGUCCCAUCGAGGACUUUUGUACGACGUUGGACGACUAGUCGCGCUUUAACUCGCGGUCCGCGAGGCGGAUGGUGCCGGGACACGCAAGAUCAGACCAAGUGCGGCUCCUUUUCGAAGAAUCAUCGAAAAGACAUUUGUAAAAUAAUAAUAUCAAGGAACUCGAUGGGAUAUCUUUUUUCUUUAAGAGAGAAGAUCGUAAUUAAUUUAGAACGAUAUCCUGAGAGGUUGAAGGGAAACGACGACUAGCUGAGUUGAGUUUUAUCUUUGGCCUAAGAACAAGACGACGACUCUGACCCUCUCUUUGUAUCAUUAAUGAAGAUUUCAGUGAGUUACCGUGGAGAAGUUUACUUUUUCCCUUCGAAGGCCUAUCUUUAUGAGAGACAACGAUAUAUAAUCUAAAGAAAAAGAAGAAAGAAGGAAAAAGAAAAAAGAAGAAGAUAUAGAAAUUAAGAGAAUGUAAUGAAAUUUCGAGGAAAGAAAUUAUCGUCGAAUCUCUGAAUUCCACCUGCUCGCGAAUCGAGUCCAGUGAGCUAUGAACAUUCCGCUAAUUAAAAGAGAAGAAUCCAGUGAGGUGCCUGACUCGCGAUCGGCUUAGCAACGAUUCACGGAUUCGGUUUGUAAAGCCCCGCGCGGCUGAACACACCGUCGCGGCAUUGAAAAUAUCGAAUCUGUUGUCGUCGAGUGCGCCCGCGAUGCAAUCGGAGCAUCGGAGAUAACAAUUACGAGAGGAUUUACACGAGAAGUGAUCCAGGAGAUCGAUCCGUUUCGCGAUGCUUCAUCGUUCCUAUCGUUUCAACGAACGUUUCGUAAUCUAUGAGAGAUUAUUAUGAUCGAUAGAACCGCUUGUAAAAAUUGUUUCGGCAGGAAAAGGAAAGAAGUGAGAUAAGAGGAAGAGGAGAUAUCGAUCGGCUUAUCGACGGAAAAUCGAUCGAGAGAACUGUUGAAAAGUGUUGGAGUGAGAAAGAAGAAGAAGAGGAAGAAGAGGAAGAAGAAGAAGAGGAGAAGGAAGAAGGAAGGAUCGGUCGCGGUGAUCCGGUAAGUGAGGACGCUCGAUGAGUCCUAGCGGAAAGAAUCUUAGAGGAGGGAAUCGCGGCACCGAGUCGUGGCGAUUAUCAGAGAGUCGUUUGGCGUCGGCCAAGAGGACAACGAGGAGGUUCGAAGGAACGAGGAGAACGAGGAUCGGGUUGGCGCCUCUUUGAGAGCCGCGGGUGGGUGAUGCGUGGAAGCAGCUCGGAUCUUCUGUUGGAGGCGAGCUGCGGGCACUGUCACUGUCAUUGUCAGUGCCAGUGCCAGAACGAUUAUCAUCAUCAUCAUCGUCGUUAUUACGGUCAACAGAGCCUCGGAAGCUCGAGCGUAGGAGGCGAUAUUGGAGACGGAAGUGGAGGUGGAGGAGGAGGUGGUAGCGAUCGCCAUCACCACCACUAUCAUCACCAUCAUCAUCAUCAUCGGCAAGAACGGUACAAGAAAAAAAACGAGGCACGUGAGUCGAAGGAACGAGAAUUACGUCGUCGCAAACUGUUGGAGUUAGGAUUCGGCGCUGCGAGGCGCCGACCGCCACGGCGUACCUGCCGUCAGCGGCUAAACUUUUACGCGACCUCGGCGUUGGCCUUCGUCGCGACCUCGGGCGGCGCCGCCCUCCUCUUCCUGGUACCGCUUUACGUUGAUCCGGCGAUCAGUACAUUAGCCGCCGAUUUCUCACCGGAACCGGUUAUCUGUACGACCUCCAGACGAGAGGAACUCUGGGGUCUUUUCAAUUGCACCUGGAGCUCUUGCCGGGAGGGAUGUACCAGUGACGUUUACAGGUGUACACAUAUAUACGUCACAUAUUCACCUUGGAACAACGAUAGUAUGAAAAACGAUACGGGAACAACUAGUGGCACUACUACGACUACUACUACUACCACCACAACCACGACCACCCCUGCUGCCCCUGCACCAACGAGUGGCGACAUCGAGGCGGUACUUCUUGUUAACAUCAAGGGCUGCGGUUACCCACCGGUCGUAGAUUGCGAGAAUUUUACUCGUGACAUGGGUUACGAGGGUGCAAAGUUCCCGUGUUACUACAGUCGCGUUAACGGCAGCAUCGUGAUGGCAUCUUAUAAUAGGGAGGCGCAUGUAGCUACGAUCAUUCAUCUCUUCGCGGCACCCUUGGUUGUAACUCUUGCAACGAGCGUCGCCCUUUGCGUCAUGCAUUGUGACUGCAGGUGCACGCCACCUCCGCGGCAUCCACCGCGUGGCAUGAGAAUGCAUAGAGCUAACGAUCUCAGCGACCACUCGAUCAGCAACCGCGUGGAUCGGCGAGGUUAUCCAAUGCACUGCGAAUGUGAGUGCGGAGAAGUAACCAGACCCUUAUGACGACGCGAGGAAACGGCUGAGAGUGGCUUGAUCACUUCUCAGUCGGACUUUUAGGCUUUAUGACCGAUCUCUUCUUCCUUCCAUUCUUCUCCCAUAUAAUUGGUCCUUACCAUAAAUUUCGUUUCUUCUCGUAGCAGUCAAAUUCGAACGUGUGUAUAUAUAUAUAUAUAUAUAUAUAUAUAUAUAUAAACACACACACAUAUAUAUACGGAGACACACACGCGCAGGUACACACACAUAUAUAUAUACAUAUAACCCUCCCUAGAAAACGUUGAAACAUUUAUCGGAAUACGAGGAACUCAUCUUUGUUACGUCAUUAUGUGGUACAGACCAUGAUCAGGAAGUAAUUACCAUGCUCGAACGUAGUUACUGGUAACAUGAUUCAACCUCGUAUCUGACUACGCCUACUUGCUGUUACUGCUGGUGCUGCUGGUGCUAUUACCGUUACCGCUGUUGCAUCAUAUAUGCAGAAGACAUCACAAAACCCGUAUACUCGCUUCGUUACAUGAAAUUUCGUCGAGAUACGCGAAAAAAAUGUUCGACGAAAUUAAUAGCUGUUAACUAUACCGUUGUUUUUCCCUUCCCCCCACCACCACCACCACCAUCACCAACACCACCACUCAUCCCCGCCACCACACACCUCUCGCAUUUGUAGAUUCGGUGAACGAAGAAAGAAGAGAAGAUGGUGAUAACGAGGGAAAGAAAAUCAACGUGUUCCAAAGUCGAGCACCAAUUUCUACGCUGCUCUGCGAAGACCGAAAUGUAGUUCGAGCAUUCCUGAGACCAUUUUCUAUAAUGAUUCAAGCCGAUAGAUAGAUAGAUAGAUAGAUAGAUAAAUAGAUAGAUAGAUAGAUAAAUAGUUAGAUAGAGAAGAGAGAUAAUAAUCUCGUGAACUCGUGAAUUUAGAUAGACGACGACCAAGAAUUAAAGAGAGAAAAAAAAGAAAGAAAAAAGCUGCUAAGGAUAAUUCAUCACUGGUCUUGUAAUAUCGUUCGUCGUCGGCUCUGUACGAUCGUUUUGACGAGGGAAAAAGAAGAAAAAGGACAAAAAAGAAAAAACAAGAAAGAGAGAGAGAGAGAGAAAGAGAAAGAAAAAAGAAACAACAGUGGAUGCAUGUCAUAGCAAACAUCGAAGUUUUUGGCGACGUUACAAGAGCCGAACGUGGUGUAUCGCGUAUUUCGUUACCUGGCGUUUGCCAACAAGCAAGCAAAGCUUUGCUACUCUUGACCAUUUUCCAGCAUGACGAUGGAGAAAUUCGUCCGAGCGGCUGGCCGACUCGGCAAAAAAAUAUACAGCCCUUAUAUACUUUCUAUAGAUUAAGCUCGACUUCCCAUCACGUUACCACCGAAACGUUCGACCUUUUCUCAGGAUUAUUUUCAUUUGCAUAUUACGGAAUAUAUGUUGUUAGUGAAGCAUGUAAGUACGCGCGCGUGUUUGUGUGUAUGUGUGUGGGUGUGUGUGGAAAGUUGCCAAGAGGUUUAAGGUACUCGCGAAUUUAUAAGGGCGAUGGAUGAUGAUGGGCUUAAAGAUCCGGAUAAAAGGAUGAAAAAUGACUAGUAUAAUGGAAUAUCCGAUCGAUCUCGAAUAUAUCUUCUCUUGUGUCUUCGUGAUUUCCAACUUGUUCCUGUUAUAUAGAAAAUGAAGAUGGAAAGAAAGAGAAAAGGAAACAUCGUGUAUGCGUUUGAAAUAUGGAUAUGCUUCUCGACGCGUUCUAUGCGUGCCUAUUUGUACGUUUUCGUUUAUUAUGGAUUACAUACGUUUAGGUAAAAUUGAUCGAAUCGUCGGAGCAGGUUACUCGCAGACGGCGCAAAAAAUAGGUUGCUAGAGACGGGACAAAAGUUAAUCGAUGUCCUAACCGUAAGCCUCUUGGUUAAUUUACUUUCCUUUCAAGAAAGCGAUCGUUAUUCUCGGCGAACACAAAAGUGAGAAACCUGAAACACUAUGAGAAAACGAUAGGAAUAAGAGAAAAAUUAGAAAAAUUGAAAUAGUUUUUACAGAACACUAAUGAUCGUAAAAUAUUUUCUCUCGAUCUUUUAUGUUUUUCCUUUUUCGAUUUUUUCUUUUUUAUUCAUUUUUCGUACAAAAAUUAUUUCUUUGUUCUUUUUUUUUUCUUUUCGUAUAUAAUAUACAUCGUUGGGAAUUAUUUUUAGACGCUGAGGAAAAACAGUAACGAUCCCUUUACUUUAACACGCGCUCGAUGAAAGAAUAUGAAAUUUGUGAUCACGCUUGUUCAACAAAUGAUGUAUGCGAGCGGAAGUAACGCGAGCUUAGCGUAGGUGUUCCGGUAAUCGCGUAAGCUCGGCGUCCUAAACUCCUGGUUACGUGCGAAAAUACGAGACACGAGAUAGAUGUAGAAGAACGCGAUUAUUAUAAACACAUAUGCACAUAGGUAUGUGUAUUGAACGAAUUACCUAUGAGCACGCGAUAAUAUAUUAAAACCAGGAUGAAGCUCAUGCGAAGAUUAGGAUUUUCCUAGAUCUAAUAUUAACGAUGACAUUAUCACCAUAGUACGCGAACAAAUAAUCAAACAAAGGACAAAUCGGAAAUGAUUGAAAAUUAUUUAUAAUUUAUUUUAUUAGAAAGAACAGAGACGAGAUAGGAUAAUCGAAAAAAAAAAGAAAAAAAAUGUAUAGAUAUUUUCUACGAUCGUUUGAUAAUAAUUUUCUGUUUUUUUUUCUUUCUUUCUUUUACUUUUUUUUUUUACUAUAAAAUAUGCUUUAGAUAUACUCGUAUGUAGGAAAAGGAAAUUCGAAUAUGAUGGGUAGUCUGACAACGAAGAAAGUUAAUACUUAGGGCUCUCGUCGAACAUCUUUUCUCUUCGUUUCUACUCUUACAACGGCCUAACGAGGUACGGCCUUUCGAGAAAGUAUUCUUGCUUCAAAACUAUCGACCAUCCUACAUAGAGGAAUUGUUCUCUUUCUUGUAGAUACAUCGAAAAUUUUAUGCUUCUUAUCGGUCUUUUUAUUAUCGCUAAAAUGACAAACGUUAUUAAAAUAUUCUUUUCUAAUUUCUUUUUAAAUAUUACAUUUCUUUAUUAAUAUUUUUUUUUCUUCUUCUCUAUCUUCUUUUCUAUUGUCUUUUUACCUUAAUUUUAGUUUAUCGAAUAUCGAGAAUAUAGAAAUCAAAGAAGACCUGAACCAGGGUAAUAUGUAAUCUUAUCUUACAAAAUCGUGCCGAUCGGGUAAAUCGGCCGAUUCAAUGCGAAUCAGACUACACGACAAUCUUCGUUCCAUCGUAUAAGAAUAAACUUCAUCGUCGGUGUUUGUAGAAGAAUAGUAAACGACGAGGAAAUUCGACGAAAAUGUAUGCGGCGACGAUGCAUGCUAAGGACUUUACCUUACUUCUCGUUUUACUUCUUUUUCUUCUUCUUCUUCUUCUUUUUCUUUCUUUUUCUUGUUUCUUGUUUCUUUCUUUUUUUUAAUUUUUUAUUGUUGUUUUUCUUCCCAUCUCCUGUUUGCUUUUUACGUUUUGAAUUUUUCUCUCUCUUUUUUUCUCCUCCUCAUCCUUGUUAUAGUUAACAGUAAUCGCGAAAAAGGAACGCGAUGUCUCGCGUGUUUCUUUCUGCUUACCAAGUAAACAGCAUUUUUAAACUACUAAAAAUUGUCGGGGCAUGCAAACCACUCUGUGGUAGCAUUUAUAUAUAUAUAUAUAUAUAUAUAUAUAUAUAUAUAUAUAUGUAGGCACAUUACUGCAACGAAGAUAGAAACAUCGUUUCUUUUUCUCUUACUUCGUUGUUUUCCUUAUUAUUCUUUUUCUUUUUUUUUUUUAAUAAACAAAGUGUUCGCCGACAUUUUUUAGAUCGAUCAUAAUACAUCGAUCGUUUUUCGUUCGAUUUUACGAUUGCAACGCGUCGUUCGUUCCUACGAUGCAAAUUAUUGUUCACGGAUGCAAGGUCUAUUCUAUUACGUUCGUGGUAGUAGUAUCAUCGUGCAGUCACAUAAGGAAAAAGAAAAAAAAAGAAGAAAAAAGAAAAAGAAAAAGUAAAAAAAAAAGAUUGAUUCCCGCGAUGACACACGUGCUCGUCGUUUAGUCGCGUGUCAUUGCGAACGAUCGAUGAAGAAAGAAUAUUUCACAUCGAUCCUAUCGCGAGAUAUAACUUAACACGAAAUUCUUCGGAAUAUUUAAAAUGAUACCAUUUUCACGGGAUAAAUCCCGAAGAGAUUUUCUUUAAAAAAUCGUAUCCCCCGUCUCUCGACUUUUCCUACGAGUUACUUGCCACGUUGAAACUCGCGAGAGGAUCGAUACGUAAACGCGAGGUACAUCGAGCUGAUCGAUCAAAGGGGAAAAGAAAGUGAUAACACUUUCGUGGAAGAAAUUAGCAUUGCUUUCGAAGAAAAUGUAAAAAGGAAAAAAAAGAAAAAGAAAAACGAACGAGCCAACAAAAAAGAAAAGAAAGAAAAAUAGAUUUCAUAAAAUCGAUGGGAAGCCUCUGUUUAUCUAUCGCGACGAAACCCGUAUAUUUUCCAUUCUUUCGUUGAAGCGAGAGAAAGAAGAAACAUAAAUGGGAUGGAGAGAGAGAAAGAGAGGGAGAAAGAAAAUGGCGAGAUCUGUUUCGAACAUCGAAUGAUAUAAAUACGUUCGAUCGUUCCUUGUGCCUCGCGACGAAACGAAACGGGAUUAAAAAAGAAAUCGAAUUAAAGAGAAAGAGAAAAAAACGGAAAAAGAAAAAAAAGAAAAAAGAACGUAUAAGUGUGAAAGAUUUAGUAAAGGGUAAAGAAUAAACAAAAAAAAAAUUAGCUUUAAAAGUAACGUUAGAUAGACGGCGUUAGUCACCCUGAGCCGGUGACAACGGGCGGCAAGUACGUGCCGUUCUCAUGGGAGUAAGCUUUUAGUGAAAAUCUCCAUCCUGAAUAUUCAUUGCAAGGGAAGGGUGUCGAGAAACAUAGAAAAGAGAGAGAAAGAGAG